UAGGGGAGAGGCUAUUCUUCCCUGACAGUCAGAGACAACUGGUGGCUGCUUUACAGAGAGAAAGACAGACAGAUCCUGAAUAGGAAACAGGCCGAGAGCUAUGGCCCAACAAGAAGAACAAGAAGUAGUAGAUGUGAUUCUGGAGAAGAUCGACUCCCGGGACCCUCUCACCAAAGAGAUUGAUUUGGUGGAAAGAGACCCCAAGCAGAUCAACCAAGAGGUGGUCAAGGUAGACUUUGAAGAUGUGAUCGCUGAGCCAGAGGGCACCCACAGCUUUGAUGGAGUGUGGAAGGCCAGCAACACCACCUUUACUGUCAGCAAAUACUGGUGCUACCGGAUUCUGUCGGGGAUGCUAGGCCUGCCCCUUGCCUUGCUCUGGGGCUUCCUCUUUGCCUGUGUUUCUUUCUGCCACAUCUGGAUGGCCAUGCCUUGCAUCAAGAGCUACUUCAUAGAGGUGCAGUGCUGUGGGCGCUGCUAUGCCUUGUGCAUACGUACCUUCUGUGACCCUCUCUUUGAAGCAGUGGGAAAAGUUUGCAGCGAUGUCCGAGUGGCCCUGCGCAAGGAACAUGCAAAGGACUGAGGCCUCUCCUUUGGAUCAGGACAGGAUUCUGGCUUCAUUUUUCCUCCACUUGACCCAAUCAGAUGGGACAGUAGCUCAGCUAGAAUCCUGAAUCAGUCAACUGAUGGAGGCGGAAACAAUCUGGCUGAUGGAUCUUUACCUUGAAUUCCUUGCCUCCAAGAAAUUGCUCCAUCAUUUUUUGAUUAAGGUGGGAAAAACAAACAAACAAACACACAAAAUCCCCUGUACUCUAAAUCAGUGUUCCUCAACCUUGGCAGCUUUAAGAUGUCUGGACUUCAAUUUCCAGAAUUCCCCAGCCAGCCAGCUGUACUCCGACUCCAAGAAGUCCACACAUCUUAAAGUUGCAAAGAUUGAGAAACACUGUUCUAAAUUCCCCCUCCCCAUCUUUCUCCCCUCUCCCUCCCUCCCUCUCUCUCUCUCUCUCUCUCUCUCUCUCUCUCACACACACACACACACACACACAUGCGUAUCACAACAUAGUGGCAAGUUUUUCUAUACAAGCCCUCUUGUGAAAUAACUAUGCAGGAGAAUGCUGUAAGAGUUUUGUAUAGCAAGGUUUUCUAGCAGCAGAAUAGGACAAUUCACCACAGCCAACUCACCACAGCCAACUUGCCAUGGCCAAGCAUUUGAUCUGUGGGUCAUUUCAGCAUCAUAGCCUCCCCACUGUGGCACCUUCUAGAUGUGCUACAAUUACAGCGUCCAGAAUCUUCCAGCAGCCUGACUGCAGGAUACUUUGAGUUGCCAUUCCACAGUACAUUGAGGCAGCCAAUGGGAUUAGAGCCAUCAUAUCCAGGAUAAAAAAUUCCAAUGCUACCUUAAAUUGGAACAAGAUGAUAUAUUGUCCUAGGAAGCCAUUUCAGAGAUGCUUUGAGUACAGCACUAAAGCCUUACAUGUUACAUCUUAAUCUCUCUCUCGACACUCACUAUAUUACGGUUUCAGCCAACCCAUUUCAUGUCAUCACUGUGGUAGCUUUCUUUGAAAUCAGUUUGUGGACACAACAUUACUCAAUCAGUACUGCUCUUUUUUAAACCUCAAUGCCAAUUGCUGCUUUGAAACAAACACUGACAAUUUUCUAAAAUUAUAAAAGAUAUUUUGCAUUUUAUGACAAUAAAACCCAAGCAAAUC